AUGUACAACAAAUACGUCAUAGAUGAAAUGGUCAAGUCACACAAUAAAGAUAUACUUCGAUUACCACCAUAUCAUUGCGAGUUCAACCCGAUUGAGCUCGCAUGGUCCAGUAUAAAAAAUUAUGUAAGAAAGAAUAAUACCACUUUCAAGCUGCAUGAUGUCAAUCGAUUAUUAAUUGAAGGCAUCCAAAGGGUAGAUUCUGAGAUGUGGAAAAAUUUUAUUAAACAUGUGGUUGACGAGGAAGAUAAAUUAUGGAAAAUGGACAUCGUUGUUGAUGAGUUGACGGCUGAACAAGAACCAUGUGUUUUAAAUCUGGGCCCCGAUGACUCGGACUCAGAAUCUGACUCUGACUCACAAUCGGACUUGGACUCAGAUAACGAUAUCAGACCUCUUUCAGACUAG